AUGGGCCAGACUGUCACGGAUUUCAAGAGCCCCGAGGCAGCCGGGUAUCGGCAGAUAAAAGGAAAACAGGAAAUCAUCUUCGAUGGAAACACCCAAAUCUCCAUCACUGGCAUUGCACAAACAGUGAAGAUCAAUAGUCAAAAGCGUGUGGCAGUUAUCCAGCAAACGGGCAAAGAUUUAUCAUGGAAAACCAUCUGGAACUACAACACGGGCGUCAUUGCAACCAAAGUCCUGCAACAGAACGCCUGCUACAUUUCCGUCAUGAACAGAACCGAGAUGCCCAGUUUUGACAAUCUGGCCACACUGGCCAGACAGAGCAGGAACCAGGUGGGUCUUGGAAGACUUACAAGGAAGCUCACCUUUGUCACCAGUGGAUUGGUCAACAACCUCAACUUCUACGGAGCAGACAUCACGACCAUGUGCAGCGGACUCACCAUCUACAGAGCUUAUGAAGUUCACGGACUCCAAGUCAACCAGGGACCAUGCGUCACUCUCAAUGUCCUGAGAGUUGUGGACCUGAAGUACUGCAACAGGAAUGGCAGCAUUGACCAGGGUCAGGAUCAGGGUCAGGACCAGGGUCAGGAUGACAACCAGGAAGUCAUCAUUGCUGGCCAGUCCCAAAUUGUCACCCUCCACAAGCAAUGGCGCGUGGCAGUUAUCCAGCAAACGACCGUCAGUGGCUCCUGGAAAACCAUCUGGAACUACAACACGGGCGUCAUUGCAACCAAAGUCCCGCAACAGAACGCCUGCUACAUUUCCGUCAUGAACAGAACCGAGAUGCCCAGCUUUGACAAUCUGGCCACACUGGCCAGACAGAGCAGGAACCAGGUCAGUCUUGGAAGACUUACAAGGAAGCUCACCUUUGUCACCAGUGGAUUGGUCAACAACCUCAACUUCUACGGAGCAGACAUCACGACCAUGUGCAGCGGACUCACCAUCUACAGAGCUUAUGAAGUUCACGGACUCCAAGUCAACCAGGGACCAUGCGUCACUCUCAAUGUCCUGAGAGUUGUGGACCUGAAGUACUGCAACAGGAAUGGCAGCAUUGACCAGGGUCAGGAUCAGGGUCAGGACCAGGGUCAGGAUGACAACCAGGAAGUCAUCAUUGCUGGCCAGUCCCAAAUUGUCACCCUCCACAAGCAAUGGCGCGUGGCAGUUAUCCAGCAAACGACCGUCAGUGGCUCCUGGAAAACCAUCUGGAACUACAACACGGGCGUCAUUGCAACCAAAGUCCCGCAACAGAACGCCUGCUACAUUUCCGUCAUGAACAGAACCGAGAUGCCCAGCUUUGACAAUCUGGCCACACUGGCCAGACAGAGCAGGAACCAGGUCAGUCUUGGAAGACUUACAAGGAAGCUCACCUUUGUCACCAGUGGAUUGGUCAACAACCUCAACUUCUACGGAGCAGACAUCACGACCAUGUGCAGCGGACUCACCAUCUACAGAGCUUAUGAAGUUCACGGACUCCAAGUCAACCAGGGACCAUGCGUCACUCUCAAUGUCCUGAGAGUUGUGGACCUGAAGUACUGCAACAGGAAUGGCAGCAUUGACCAGGGUCAGGAUCAGGGUCAGGAUCAGGGUCAGGAUGACAACCAGGAAGUCAUCAUUGCUGGCCAGUCCCAAAUUGUCACCCUCCACAAGCAAUGGCGCGUGGCAGUUAUCCAGCAAACGACCGUCAGUGGCUCCUGGAAAACCAUCUGGAACUACAACACGGGCGUCAUUGCAACCAAAGUCCCGCAACAGAACGCCUGCUACAUUUCCGUCAUGAACAGAACCGAGAUGCCCAGCUUUGACAAUCUGGCCACACUGGCCAGACAGAGCAGGAACCAGGUCAGUCUUGGAAGACUUACAAGGAAGCUCACCUUUGUCACCAGUGGAUUGGUCAACAACCUCAACUUCUACGGAGCAGACAUCACGACCAUGUGCAGCGGACUCACCAUCUACAGAGCUUAUGAAGUUCACGGACUCCAAGUCAACCAGGGACCAUGCGUCACUCUCAAUGUCCUGAGAGUUGUGGACCUGAAGUACUGCAACAGGAAUGGCAGCAUUGACCAGGGUCAGGAUCAGGGUCAGGACCAGGGUCAGGAUGACAACCAGGAAGUCAUCAUUGCUGGCCAGUCCCAAAUUGUCACCCUCCACAAGCAAUGGCGCGUGGCAGUUAUCCAGCAAACGACCGUCAGUGGCUCCUGGAAAACCAUCUGGAACUACAACACGGGCGUCAUUGCAACCAAAGUCCCGCAACAGAACGCCUGCUACAUUUCCGUCAUGAACAGAACCGAGAUGCCCAGCUUUGACAAUCUGGCCACACUGGCCAGACAGAGCAGGAACCAGGUCAGUCUUGGAAGACUUACAAGGAAGCUCACCUUUGUCACCAGUGGAUUGGUCAACAACCUCAACUUCUACGGAGCAGACAUCAUGACCAUGUGCAGCGGACUCACCAUCUACAGAGCUUAUGAAGUUCACGGACUCCAAGUCAACCAGGGACCAUGCGUCACUCUCAAUGUCCUGAGAGUUGUGGACCUGAAGUACUGCAACAGCAAUGGCAACAUUGACCAGGGUCAGGAUCAGGGUCAGGAUCAGGGUCAGGAUGACAACCAGGAAGUCAUCAUUGCUGGCCAGUCCCAAAUUGUCACCCUCCACAAGCAAUGGCGCGUGGCAGUUAUCCAGCAAACGACCGUCAGUGGCUCCUGGAAAACCAUCUGGAACUACAACACGGGCGUCAUUGCAACCAAAGUCCCGCAACAGAACGCCUGCUACAUUUCCGUCAUGAACAGAACCGAGAUGCCCAGCUUUGACAAUCUGGCCACACUGGCCAGACAGAGCAGGAACCAGGUCAGUCUUGGAAGACUUACAAGGAAGCUCACCUUUGUCACCAGUGGAUUGGUCAACAACCUCAACUUCUACGGAGCAGACAUCACGACCAUGUGCAGCGGACUCACCAUCUACAGAGCUUAUGAAGUUCACGGACUCCAAGUCAACCAGGGACCAUGCGUCACUCUCAAUGUCCUGAGAGUUGUGGACCUGAAGUACUGCAACAGGAAUGGCAACAUUGACCAGGUCUGA